GGGCGCUGUCUCAGCGCGGUGGUGCUGAAGGAGGGUCGCCCGGCAGCCGGCAGAAGGGAGCAGUCGCUGCGCACCAUGGGCCUGGGGGUAGGGGUGGCGGCAGCGGCGACGGCGGCGGUGGUGCUACUGGCGGUGGCCGGGGCCGGUCUGUCCCCCCGCUCUCCGGACAGCCGGGGCAGGGACGGAGACCCGGCGGCUUGGGCGGCCGAGGGGGUGCGGGAGGCGGGCUCGGCCGGGGGUCUCCGGAGAGCCAAGCGGGGCUUCACCUACCCGGGGACCCUCUGGUGCGGCGCCGGAAACAUCGCGGAGAGCUACGAGCAGCUGGGGGAGCACCAGGAGACGGACAAGUGCUGUCGGGAUCACGACCACUGCCAGCACCUCAUCCAUCCCUUCACCUACAAGUACGGGCACCGGAACCUACGCUGGCACACCAUCAGCCACUGUGACUGCGACCAGAGGCUGAAAGACUGUUUGGGUGCCGUGAACAACACCGCUUCUCGCGUGGUGGGACAGACCUUCUUCAACAUCAUCCAGGUGCCGUGCUUUGAGCUGGUCUACCAGGAAACCUGUGUGGAAUCCUACCUGUAUGUGUGGUGUAAGAACUACAGCCGGACGUCCGUCGCUGUCCUCAAGGACCCGGUGAUGUUUGACUAUGGAGGAGAGCCGAUCGACGCCCCAGCAACCCGCCGGCCCAAACUGGCCGCUUCCACCAGCACCAGCAUCCACUUCCGACCGUUGGGGAGCUCUCCUCCUCCUCCUCCCGCCUGGAAGCCCACCCAGGCCAGGCCCCCAAGGCCUAGGAAGGUCAAAGGGAAGGAGGGACGGGGCCGGAAAGGAAAGGGGGCGAAGAAAAAGCAGAAAAAGGGCAGCUGGGGCAAGCCGGACACCCCCGUUGCCCACCAGCACCCCACUGCGGAGGGAGCCCCCCUGAAGAAGCUGGCUGUGCAGGACUUAGCAAAGGGGGGCGCCCAGGCCCCAGACGGGCACCCCGAAAUGGGGCAGGGGGACUCUUUCAAUGCCAUCCUGAGUGACGAGCCCGGCCGAGUGGGGAGCGAGCCGGCUGCUGCUGGCAUGCCUGAGAGCAUGCAGACGGUCCUGCAAAAGGCCCGCCCCACCGCCGGCCCGCCUGGGGGGAGGAAGAGGAGGAGGAGGAGGAAGAGGAGGAGGAAGCUGCAGAGGGAAGAGGAAGCCUCGCCACGACAUCAGAAGCACUCCAGGCCCGGCAGAGACUCAGAGGAGGGAAUGUGGACCGCAUAAAGGAAAAGCAAAGAGCCCCCCCCCCCAAAUCUUUGGUGAAGGUCUUUGCAGCUGAAGUGUGAACAAAAUUACAGAAUAAAGAGCGUCGUCCCAAAGGUGCGUUUUUCAAAAGGCAACUGGAUUUUCUCAAGGUUGUUUUUUUCUCCCCUUUGAAAAGGUUUCGCUUCUCAUCCCAGAAGCUUCCUCAGUUCGUGAAGAAGCUUCUUCAGAACUGAAGAGGCUUCUGGGAUGAGAAGCAAAAUGCUUUCAAAGUGUGUGUGUGUGUGUGGGGGGGGGAAACAAACAAGAAAGUCCAGUUGCCUUUUGGAAAAAAAGCACCUUUGGGACAACGGUGAGACCCAGAGGGUGGAGAACUGCCACAGGCCAAGAGAGUUGGAAGGGACUCUGGAGGUCAUCUAGUCCAACCCCCCCUGCUUGAGAGACCCUGUGCGAAAGACCGGACCUGCUCUUGUCGGUCUUGAUCAAGAAGGAAUAAAAGCGGAUUCACUCUGCA